CUGUUGACCGCGUACAAGCCAGCAACUGUCAGUCCGUCUUUACCGAGACGUUUGUGUCGAGCAUAUCACAACCUGCUCAAAAACCCCAAAUAGAAUUGUUCAUCCUGACAAAAAGGUGCUGAAAGCCCCACUUGGAGAGCAGAAUGCAAGUUUGCGCAGUUUUGGCUGCGUUUUGGGUAGUCUCCACGGCUGCCUUCCAAGGGACGACGUGGCGAAGGUCUGAGGCGAAAGUGGUCUCCGCGAAUCAUAAAGGAUCCACGACUCUGCUCUAUGCGGAAUCAUCUCGUCCUCCUUUUUUCAAGGACUUGAGAAAUCCGUUUGCAGCGUUAGCCAAAGGGCCCCGUUCGAAUCCACAGCCUGGCGAUACCUUUGCCGAUUUCGACCCGUCCCCUUCCGGGCUCGUCCGUCGCACCAAACUGGUGCUGGCUACCGACCUCGGUCUGCAAGAUCCCUCCCUGCUAGACGACCAGGAAUUCAAAUGCAUCAGUCCAGGGUUGGACCAACCACUCGGAAAGACCGACUACAUUGCCGCCGGACGAUUUUUCGAUUUGCGCGGAACGUUUCCCGAUCUCGACUACCGUGCCCACGAUUUUCGUAUUGACGAGACUGACCCCAAGACGGUGCGUUUGACUUGUCGCGUUACCGGAACAAUGCGUGGAGAGUUGCGCUUGCGGACGGCGAACCUGCCACCGACCAAUAUCGUCAUGUUCUGUCCUCCGGAAGCCGUCAGUAUGACUUUUAAUGACCAAGGCAAGGUGACGAAAUUGUGUAUGGGAUUUUGUAUGGAUCGUCAGGUAGGCAACACCCAAGGGACGACUGGUGUACAAGCUGCAGCAACGAUUGCUGGACAGCCUCCGUCAAAUUGGGAGUUGUAUCCAGGAUUGUCAGUCGUAAAACGGUUUUUCGGACGUCCUGUUACACCAAUCGUUGAAAACAAUGCUAUUUUGGCUCCGUUUCCAGAGACCGUCAUGGUGCAACUUGCCAAAGGUGUUUUGGGCUCUAACAUGGGCUUAGAAGAUCCUACGCUCCUUUCCAACGACUUUGCGUAUUCGACACCGUUUAUUGCGCCUGUCUCCAAAUUCUCAUUCUUAUCCAACUAUGCCGCUGAAGAGUUUGCCAAUAUUGAUCCUUCACUUUCGCAUUUUCGAAUAGACCCUUACAACCCUACACGUGUUUGGGUUGAUGUGAAGCCUUCGGCACCUGGUUACGAGGGUGCUCCUCAGUCAUACAGUUUCACGUUUGAUGAUGAGGGCUUUUGUACGCGCGUAACAGCUCGCUACGUUCUUGACCCAUCGAUCGGCAAUGGUGGCGGGCUCGGCGGACCGGACGGCUACAAAUACGCCCUCAAUGACGCUCCAUCAGAUCUGUUGACGCGCCCUCUUCCAGAAGCAGUCGGUCGUUUUCGCAAAAAGAUUCUCUCGCCGAUUACCGGAGUUGGUGUUGAUGACUAUAAACUCCCUGGUGAAGUCAAAAAAAUUAUUCCUCCGAAGCCGCCGACGGUUGGUCCUAAUGGCAAAAGCAUGGCACCGGAACCACUCAGUAAACUACAGAGUAUUUCUCGUGAACCACCACAGCAAGAUGAAGGCACUCGAAAGGCUGAGCAAGAAAAACGGGUACGGGCCCAGAAACGAGCACAGCAAGAAGCUCGACUACAAGCUGAGCAGCAGCAAAAAAACCAAGCAUCCCUUUCAGCACCAUCUUUGCAAAAAAAGCCUUCCUAUGCAAAGCCUACCCUAAAUCCGAUGUUCGUCAAUCCUAAGGCUACUUUGACAGCGGCUCAGAAAGCAGCUGAUUCCAAGAAACUAGUCGAGACAAGAAAUGUUGAAACGGCAAAAAAGAAGGCAGAAGCUAAACGGCAAAAGAAAAUUGAGCAGAAAAGGGUUGAAGAAGAACAAAAGAGGCAAGCGGUAUCACGAGAUUUAAAGCAAUCUAAAAGUAUAUCUCAGGAACAAACGCGGCUGAGAAAAGAUCAAGACGGGAAGGACUUUGAAAAACGGAGGCGAAAAGCUGAGCAGGUCAAAGAAGCCGCCAAGGUUGCCGCGGAAGAUCGAAGGAAACGACAAGAAGCGGCUCUGGACGCCCUUUCCAGAGCUGUUAAGAGCGCAACCAUUUCACUGUUUCGACUUGGUAGCGGCAGGGACGAACCUGAUGAGCUGCCCGAACAGACACCGCCAACCUCUAAAAAAGCACCACCUGGUGUGCCAGCUAUUACUCGGUGGCGUCAAAAUGAUGACGGUUCGGUUACAGGAUUAAUUUCUGGUUCGCUCAACUUUAGGAGUGGUGAACGGGUCACAACAAGUCCCAUUUCCAGCGGCAAGGUUCAAGCAGGUGAGGUUGUGCGUACCGGUAGCGGCUCGCGGUAUUUUCUCGCGUAGCACGCAUAUAAAGAAACCAGAUUGAAAUAGAUCAGCUGGGACAGUUGUGUCAAUUUGACUGCAAAUGCGGCUGGGUAGGACUUUCUGUGAACGACAGCAAGAUGCUCAAAAGAUAGAGAAAUCGAAAUUAUUUAUACUUCACACCCGUUGCUGUCAUGA